CAUUGUCCACACGUUUAAGUCAGGACUUUGAGAAGGCCUUCAUUCUAGCCUCAUUUAGCCAUUCCUUUACCACUUUUGACGUGCGUUUGGGGUCAUUGUCCUGUUGGAACACCCAACUGCGCCUAAGACCCAACCUCCAGGCUGAUGAUUUUAGGUUGUCCAUUUACACAACGUGACAACUUCACUGGUCUUGGGUUUUGUAUUAGUGCACAGUCUGUCAAUUUAUGUCACAAGCUGCUCUCUCUCUUGACUCCUAUGAUUAUGACACACGUCCUCUUUUUCCACUCCCACCUCCUAAAAACAGACGUCCUCCUUGCUGCCAAAGUGACUUAAAGAAAGCGUGUUUAUGUUCAUUCGCCGCACAGGUUUCGUGCAAAGAGGAACGUGACUCAUAAAGGAAGUGCCGGGCGCACAUGAACAUGCCACCUUUCAUUACUGUAAUGUAAAAAGGAGUGUUCAUGCCUCGGAGAACCUUUACACUGUUUGGAUUGACAUGAAUAAUGCUCCAACACGAGAGAUGUCAGUUGAAACAGCCUUCUACAAGAAUGUCAAUCAUCACGCGGUGUUGCAAGACAUGUUGAUUGUUGACACGCAGCUGUGUCUAAAAUUUGGACGAACAACAUGGGGAGUGCAAAAGGCAAGCAUACAGACAUCAGCAUCGAGAGCAAGCAUGAGGUCACCAUCCUCAGUGGGCUCAACGAGUUUGUGGUCAAGUUCCACGGACCCCCUGGAUCGCACUACGAAGGCGGCGUGUGGAAGGUCAGAGUGGAUUUGCCCGACAAAUACCCCUUCAAGUCUCCAUCAAUCGGGUUCAUGAAUAAGAUUUUUCAUCCCAACAUUGAUGAAGCGUCAGGAACCGUGUGUUUGGACGUCAUUAACCAGACAUGGACGGCUCUCUACGACCUCACCAACAUCUUCGAGUCCUUCCUCCCCCAACUGCUGGCCUACCCCAACCCCAUAGACCCUCUCAACGGGGACGCCGCCGCCAUGUACCUUCACCGGCCGGAGGACUACAAACACAAGAUCAAAGAGUACAUCCAGAAGUACGCCACGGAAGAGGCGCUGAAGGAACAGGAGGAAGGAGGCGGAGACUCCUCCUCCGAGAGCUCCAUGUCGGACUUUUCCGAGGACGAGGCUCAGGACAUGGAGUUGUAGUGGCAAGCCCCGCCCUCCUCGGACGCUCGCUAAGCGGACUGAAGCGUACCGUGCUAUUUCAACCGAAAAACCACCAUGACUAUUUUUUUACAGCACCGACCACCGGAGGACCGCCGCCUCCUUUUUUUGGGAGUGAAGACCACUCGUCGCACCUUUUGUCAACUUGGUACCAGCGACCCCCGUCAGAGGUACCAUUUCAUCCAGCUCCGCCUCCUCUCCGUUUUAGGAAAGUUUCUUCUAUCGUGGCAUGACACACAAAUCCAAUUGUGUGUUUUUUUUUGUGGGGAGGAACCACCAGAACCUUUUUCACAAGGAUUUAGUAGGAUUUUGUAGACUCACUAAGUAGUAGGAAACAAAAGUUGGGACACGCUUUCUCAUGCUUGUCAAUAAGAAUCUUUAGACUGGGAUUGCUACUUCGUUAGCAAUAACAAGUUCAUGUUAUUCGCUUCUUUCCUAGUGAGUUUAGUUGACAAUUUAAUUAAUGGAUGAUUAGCAAGUUUUUCUAGCCUGCUCGUUUUAAAGUCAGCAAGCUAGCUAUUGUAUUAUUUAGACAGCUAGCUACCUACCUUGUUUGAUUAGUUCACUGGUUAGACUGACAGCUAUUUUGAAGAUAAAAACAAAUAAGCUAGUUAGCAAAGUACUUUGUUAGUUAUCUACUUCAGGUAAAAUGCUAGCUACUUUGUUAGCAAUUACAAGUUCAUGUUAUUCGCUUCUUUCUUAGUGAGCUUAGUUAACAAUGUAAUUAAUGGAUAAUUAGCAAGUUUUGCCAGCCUGCUCGUUUUAAAGUCAGCAAGCUCGCUAUUGUAUUGUUUAGACAGCUAGCUCCCUACCUUGUUUGUUGAUUAGCUCACUGGUUAGACUGACAGCUAUUUUCAAAAUAAAAAUAAAUAAGCUACGUAGCAAAAUACUUUGUUAGUUAGCUUCUUCAGUUAAAAUUCUAGCUACUUUGUUAGCAAUAACAAGUUAAUGUUAUUCGCUUCUUUCUGAGUGAGCUUUCUUGACAAUGUAAUUAAUGGAUAAUUAGCAAGUUUUGCUAGCCUGCUCGUUUUAAAGUCAGCAAGCUCGCUAUUAUAUUAUUUAGACAGCUAGCUACCUACCUUGUUUGUUGAUUAGCUCACUGGUUAGACUGACAGCUAAUUUCAAAAUAAAAAUAAAUAAGCUACAUAGCAAAAUACUUUGUUAGUUAGCUUCUUCAGUAAAAUGCUAGCUACUUUGUUAGCAAUAACAAGUUAAUGUUAUUCGCUUCUUUCCUCGUAAGCUUAGUUGACAAUGUAAUUAAUGGAUAAUCAGCAAGUUUUGCUAGCCUGCUCGUUUUAAAGUCAGCAAGCUCACUAUUGUAUUGUUUAGACAGCUAGCUACCUACCUUGUUCGUUGAUUAGCUCACUGGUUAGCUAUUUUAAAGAUAAAAAUAAAUAAGCUAGUUAGCAAAGUACAGUGUUAGUUAGCUACUUCAGGUAAAAUGCUAGCUACUUUGUUAGCAAUAACAAGUUAAUGUUAGUCACUUAUUUCCUAGUGAGCUUAGUUGACAAUGUAAUUAAUGGAUAAUUAGCAAGUUUUGCUAGCAUGGUCAUUUUAAAGUCAGCAAGCUCGCUAUUGUAUUAUUUAGACUGCUAGCUACCUACCUCGUUUGUUGAUUAGCUCACUGGUUAGACUGACAGCUAUUUUCAAAAUAAAAAUGAAUAAGCUAGUUAGCAAAGUACUUUGUUAGUUAGCUUCUUCAGUUAAAAUGCUAGCUACUUCGUUAGCAAUAGCAAGUUAAUGUUAUUCGCUUCUUUCUUAGUGAGCUUAGUUAACAAUGUAAUUCAUGGAUAAUCAGCAAGUUUUGCUAGCCUGCUCGUUUUUAGAGUCAGCAGUUUUUAGUUAGCUCACUUCUAAGACAGCUCGCUACAAGCUAGUUAGCGAGGUACUUUGGUAGUUUGAUCGCUUGUUAAAAAGACCGCUAGUUUGAAAAUGAGCUAGCUACUUUAAUUAGCUCACUUCUAAGACAGCUAGCUGCAAGCCGGUUAGCAAGGUACUUUUGAUCGCUUGUUGGGAAGCUAGCCAGAUUGAAAAUAAGCAUGCUAGCAAGUUACUUUGUUAGUUAGCUCACUUCUAUGACAGCUUGCUAGUUUUUUGUAUUGUUUAAAUAGCUCUAGUAACUAAGGUUGGUGGCUAGUUGGAAAACUAGCUAGUCUGUUGGAAAGUAAUCAAGUUAUUUAGCUACUUGGUUAGUUAGCUCAUUAGUUAGGUAUUUAAAAAAAAUAGGCAUGCUAGUUAGCUACUUUGUCUACUAAGCACGCUAGUUAGUCAGAAUGCCAGCAAGAUUAAAUGAUAAAUCAGCUAGUUAAAGUUCAAAGUUAAACUUAGUUAGUUAGUUCGUGAAGUAGCUGGAUGACAUAGAACCCACUCAACUCUUCAAAUACCUCCCAUUUACCAUUUUUUGUUCACUUUUUGUUAAUAUUUUGAGCAAGUCAGUUGUUUAUGUUAAUCAUUUUAUUAAUGAUUGUAACCAUUUGGACACAGUAAUCUGUUGAAUGUGCUUUGUGUGCAAUAUCCUACUAAAUUCUUGCGGGGGUGUGGCCUCGGAGCCAGGGGGCGGGGCUUCUAUUGCAAGUACUGGACUACAGUACGAGUUGUUUAGAGAUAGCUUGGUGUUGUUUAUUUCCCCUCUCCCAGGUGGUGACUCAUCAUAAUGUACUUUUUUGUAGACAACACGCUCGUGUUCAAAAACAAAAUAUACUCCCCCCCCACCCACCCCCCCCGGGAAGGACGAGACGCAACGUAUCGAAUAUGCAAACGUGGCCAUUGUGCGAUGUUACGUCGUCCGACUAUUAAGUGCUCUUUUCUUUCAGCCUGUCAACAUUCCGGCAGUUUUUAAAAAGAAAAAAAAAUGGCGUUGAUGGCAUGUUGCGGGACCAAAAUCUGAUGGAUCUUCAAAAAAAACCAAAAACAAAGCGCUUGAGGUCACGUUUACGCCUCUCUCCCACGCAGCUGUGAAGCCCGGUGACGUCACGGCCAUGAAAAUAGACUGCUUCUUCAUCUCCGGAGAACACAAAAAGAAUCAUUCUGAUGUAAACACGAACGGACGAUGUUUGCGAUUGGUUUCGACCUUUUUUCUGGGGACAUUUAACAGGUCAGCGUUGAAAUGUAUUUGUAGUAGACCGGCUCGAACUCGUCGUUAUAUCAGCCCGGCUCAGUAGUCUAACGUGUCUUUUGUAAACGACGACAUAUAUUUGAUACCUAUAUCAUUUCUUUGAAUGGUUUUAUUUUUGCUCUUUUAAACUUCUUUGUCCAGGACACAAGUUGGGAUAUUCCAGAUGUUUCUGUUUCUUUUUUAAAAAGGCAAAAAGUCAAUAAAUGUGCUUCCCUUG